AUGCCAUCCAGACUGAGGAUGGCCCGGAAACUCUGGGCCCACAUGAGCCACAGCCACGGCCUCAUCGGUGAGUACCGCAAGCGCCCAGGAGGCCGCAGGGAUGCUGGAGGCGUGCAUCGCCACAGGAUCAACUUUGACAAAGAUCACCCAGAUUACUUUGAGGAAGUUUCUAUGAGGCAUUACUGACUGAAGAGGAACCAGCUCUGCCCAACUGUCAACCUGGAUAAAUUGUGGCCAUUGGUCAGUGAGCAGACAGGGGUCAAUGCAGCAAAACUCAAGCCUGGAUCUGCUCCCAUCACUGAUGUUGUUAGAUCAUCGGACUACUACAGAGUUCUGGGCAAGGGAAAGGUCCCUAAGCAGCCUGUCAUCGUGAAGGCCACAUUCUUCAGCAGAAGAACUGAAGAGAAGAUUAAGGGUGUUGGAGGUACCUGUGUCAUGGUGGCUCAAAGGCCACUCCAGGGGUUAAUUAAAUGCUAA